AUGAAUUAUAACUCUCCUAUGUACGAUCCAGUAUAUUUCUUCGUCCCUCUAAGUGGAGCUAGUGAAGACAUGUAUUUUGCAAUCUGGUUUUUCAAAAAUUAUUGUGGAUCUUUGCAAAAAGUUCUUAUACCUUUAUAUUAUUUAAGCUUUGUGGCAUUGUUUCUUGGAAGUGUUGAACAAUUUUUUGGUUUAUAUUGGGGAAUGACCCCAGACACUUACCCAAGAAUGAUUUGCUUGUCAAUAAUUUCCAUAGCGAUUUUAAUUCUUGUAGCCAUUAUUGGUCAAAAAUUUACUAACGUGAGUGAAACAGUAUUCGAUGCAACACUUAAUAUAAAAUGGUAUACUUUUAAUACUGAAAAUAAAAGAAUGUUACAUAUAUUCUUGAUGAAUUGCAUAAACUCUUACACAUUAGCCAUGUCAGAAACAGUUAUUCUGGAUUACUCAAUCAUGAUUAAGGUAGCAAAUAACUUGUAUUCAAUGGCAACUGUUCUAAGUGGUUUUGCUAGCAGACAAGCUCAUCAAAUUGAAUUAGCCAAUAAUUAAUAAUAAGGAGUAGUUUUU